AUGCUGAAUCCAAUUCAACGUAUGUACCAAAUUAGUCGCUUUGUUGGACGUGGUGGUUUGCAUCUUCGUCUUCCUGAACGUACAUUAAAUGUUCGUAUAAAUAUUAUUAAUAAUAAAUCCAGCAAAAAUCUUCAGCAAAUGGUCGAUAAAAUUAAAACAAAAAAUAAAGAAAGUCAUAAAGAUGGUCUUUGGAUAUUGAUUGAUAUGAAAAAAGAUAAUCAUAAUCAUGAAAAUAAUCUCGAUAAGAUUAAACAAUUAUUACAAGAUGAAUGGAAAAAAAUCAAUGUUCUUAUUACCAAAAAGAAACGAACAGUGAUAAAUCCAUCCUCUCAAACAAGGAUACUAUCAAAAACAAAUAUUUUUCGAGAUAAUCGUUGGAAGUCUAAAGAUCAUAGACGAAAUAAGAAAUAUCAACAAAAACAGAAAGAAUCUAGCGUACCUGAAAAAGUUCCUUCACAAUCAUUCGUUCCACCUAUAUCAAUGCCUAAAGAAGAUGUAAGAUCUCAUAAAACUAAACGAACGUAA